AUGCCCGAGCAAAGAAGAAAGAUUGUCUACGCAUGCAGUCACGAGUUCCCCGACCCCAAGUACGAGGCGCCCCGAAAGCCCUCGGUUUUCAAACGGAUCAAGCGAGCUCUUUCCACGAUAGAAACGAUCCGGACACCCUCCAUGGAGUUGUGUCCGUACUGUCAAAGACUUGAGGAUGAAAGCCAACGACGACAGGCAGCACAUGGUUCAAGACCAGCCACCCAACCGCGUCGACAAAUCUCCCCCGCUCGUCAACACGAGACAAGACCAAGACGAAGCAACACCGUGGCUGCGCCCGCCACGGUGGCUCAACCAGCCGAUCCAUUCCCAGACUUUGAAAACCCAUCAUACGUUCCGCCGCGGAAUCCCUACAGGGAUUCCAACAUGGACGCGAUCCUCGCGAAUUACGAAAAUGUAAAGGAUAUGGAAGAACGGGUUAGGAGGGGUCUUGCGAACGAGACGGCUGCUGAGCGACAGCGACGUUUGAAAAAGAUCGAGUCGCUCCAUCUUGACUGGCGUACGAUGGACGUCCAAAAGCAGCUCGAGGCGAUGGGGAUCAACCCUAACGACUCUCCGGAGCACAUUCAGCCAUCGAACCAACCGCGGCCGAAAAGCCUCAAGGAGUUGUUCGACAGAUCGCGGACGGCACAAGAGCCAGAACCAAUGCCCACGUCCCGCAGACCAGUAAGAAGGCUUGAACCGUCUGCAUCCGGAGAUCCAGAGGAGGAUUCGAGGGCUGACGCUGAGAUGGCGGUUAAGAGGGAGGCUGCGAGACGGCAGAAGAUCGAGAAGGCGGAAAGAAUAAGGAAGCGGGCGGAGGAACUGAUGGAAGGGAGGAGGUAA